AUGAUUAAAAACGGCCAUCACCAGCAGCAUCCUGCCAGCGCGGGCACAGACCCAGGCUCUACCCCCGCUGCAGCAGCGUGCAGCCCCGAGAAACGGAGAAGGAAGAUCCGAGUGUGGUGUGAUGGCUGCUAUGAUAUGGUACACUACGGCCACUCUAACCAGCUGCGACAAGCCAAAGCUAUGGGAGAUUACCUCAUUGUUGGAGUGCACACUGAUAGUGAAAUCGCAAAGCACAAAGGUCCACCCGUGUUCACUCAGGAAGAAAGGUACAAGAUGGUGCGUGCAAUAAAAUGGGUGGAUGAGGUGGUAGAAGGAGCACCUUACGUCACAACACUGGGCACACUGGACAAAUACAACUGUGAUUUCUGUGUACACGGAGAUGAUAUAACUCUGACCGUAGAUGGAAAAGACACUUAUGAAGAAGUGAAGAAGUCAGGGCGAUACAGAGAGUGUAAGCGAACGCAGGGAGUUUCCACCACAGACCUGGUGGGAAGAAUGCUGCUUAUGACCAAAGCACAUCACAGCAAUAUAGAUAGUUCAAAUUAUCAACAGCAUACCAAUUUUGGGAAAGGGUCUCGUGUUCAUAAGGGACAUAGUCCUUGGACAGGAGUAUCACAGUUCCUUCAGACCUCUCAGAAGAUCAUCCAGUUUGCUUCAGGACAAGAGCCUGAGCCUGGGGACACAAUCAUCUAUGUAGCUGGAGCCUUUGACCUAUUCCACAUUGGGCAUGUUGACUUUCUGGAAGCUGUGCAUAAGCUCUCAGACAGGCCUUAUGUUAUAGUUGGAUUGCACUUUGAUCAAGAGGUUAAUCGGUAUAAGGGUAAAAAUUACCCUAUCAUGAACAUCCAUGAGAGAACACUCAGCGUCUUGGCAUGCCGAUAUGUAUCAGAGGUUGUGAUUGGUGCACCAUUUUCUGUCACAAAGGAUUUACUUGAACAUUUUAAGGUUGAUCUUGUUUGUCACGGAAAGACCCAAAUAUAUCCUGCAAAGGAUGGCUCUGAUCCUUAUGCUGAACCGAGAAGAGAAGGAAUCUUACGCACAGUUGACAGUGGGAACAGCCUCACUACAGAUGCAAUUGUACAGAGAAUAAUAAAAAAUAGGUUACUCUUUGAGGCAAGGAACCAGAAGAAAGAAGCCAAAGAGAUUGCAGUCAUUCAGGCCUUGAAACGACAAGAGGAGGAAAAGAGAACGGCAGAGAGUGGUAAGAGUACGUUGAUCAAACAGAUAAAGAUAAUUCACAGUAAUGGGUUUUCUAAACAGGAGCUCCUCAGCUUCAAGCCUGCAGUGUUUGACAACCUCUUCAUGUCAAUGAAGAUUGUCCUCCGAGGCAUGGGGACGCUGAGAAUCAAUCUAGCCAAUAAAACAAACCAGGUGCAUGCCCGUUCCAUCCUAUCGUGCAGCCAGUGUGUGGGUGAGGACCAGGAGCUGCUCCCCGUCGUGGCCCACGCCUUCUGUGCUCUUUGGUCUGACCAUGGAGUCCGCACCGCUGCAGCCAGGGGUUAUGAGUUUGAGCUGAACGACUCUGCUGUCUACUUUUUUGAGAGUUUGAGCAGAAUCAUCUCUCCCAACUACAUUCCAUCUGAGUCUGACGUUUUAAGAGUGAGAGUGAGAACUUCUGGGAUAAUGGAAACACAAUUUAAAGUUCAAGAUUAUGUUUUUCGAUUGUAUGAUGUUGGUGCACAGAGAAGUGGGCGAAAAAAAUGGCUCAACUGUUUUGACUGCAUUGAUGCCAUUGUAUUUGUUGUGGCUUUAAACGGCUAUGAUGGCACUCAUACACAAGAAAUAACGAAGUUGCAGGAGAGUCUGGAACUUUUCACAUCCAUCUGCAAUAAUGGUAUCUUUACCAAUACGUCAUUGAUUUUGUUCAUGAACAAAACAGAUCUUUUCCGAGAAAAGAUUUUAAACUCUGGAAGACACCUAAAAUUGUACCUGCCUUCAUUUUCAGGAGCAGAUUGUGAUGUGGAUGCUGCAGCCAACUACAUCACUUCCAUGUUUUCAUCACUGAACACUAAUCCCAAAAAGCCAGUGUAUUAUCACUACACAACUGCGACAGAUAGUGACACUAUGCGUGUGGUCUUCCAGAUGCUCUCGGAACAGAUUUUAAUGGUUAAUGUUGCUGCCACUCGGGUGCAGUAG